AGGGCAAGUAUGGAGCCGCUGCGGAUUAUGACGACAGCCGAGGCCACAAGGGACGCUACGCGCAAGACGACUAUUACGACGAUAAGACUGGGUACAAUCAGCAACGUGGAGGGGAAAGUUUCGGGAGGAACAAAGAAGCCGACCGUCAGUACCACAAAGCUGCGGAAGAGUAUAGCAGGCCUGCUGUAGUUGGAGGUUAUGUGACCCCAACUGGUAUUUACAACUACGACAGGCAAUUAGAUUAUUACAACCCCAAAGCCUCUCAUACAGCAGCAAGUUAUCCAGUGCCAUAUAACAAUUUUUAUAAAGAUAGAGUAGGACAAUCUGCGUCUGUUGGUGAUUCCGUAUAUAAUGGCCCUAUAAAGGGAAAAGGUUAUGCAGAAUACGUAGAUUCAGGUGCCAGCAAUUAUUAUCCGGGAAACAGGGGUGAAAUUAACGGAUAUGACGAACCGAGUUAUUACAGUUCCAUUAAUUAAUACAAUUUGUUAACAGUUUGAAUAGUAAUUAUUAACCAAUGAAAAUAUACACACAACGACCAAGCGCGGACAUCAAAGUACCAUGGAUUACUUCCUGUCUUUUCCAUGGAAACUAGCACAAACUUGUUUUCUUUUCCAAGAGAGAGCGCUACAUUCAGAACAGACAAGUCAGGCAACGCAGUUGCUGUAAUCGAGUUAAAUGAUGUGUUACGUAAGUGAUUAGUGCUGCUGUGAACGUUGGAGGGUGAUGUAAAGUUGCGUGUUGUUAACGACCUACAACAUGUUGCUGCGGUAAUUAAAUAGUGACAUGUUGAUAAAAGUGCAUUUUAUUUCAGUUAUAUGCAGUGGAUCUACUGCAUCACAAAGAGCAUUUGCAAGGUUGUAGAGGUCACGCCCCAGGGAUGGUGGAUGUCGAAGGUGAGCCAGCAUCCCCUGAUUCGGAUUAUGACGACUUGCCCAUCCCUCAGAUCGACGUGCUGCAUGCGUCCGUGGAUGGGGCGGACAUUUUGGAUGCAGGUGGUGGGAUGGCUCUCCCAUUCUCGACCAUCCACGAGGCACAGCUUGGUUUCAAGGCGCAGAAGAGACGGGUGUUCAUCCCAGGACAGGAUAUUUCUGUUCGGAUCACGGACUACGAACGAAGUGUGACCACGCAUCUCCUCAACCCCAACCUGUACACGAUAGAGCUGCAGCAUGGAAACUUCUCGUGGACUAUCAAGAGGCGAUACAAACACAUUCAGCACUUGCAUCAGCAGCUCAAAUUGUUCCGAGCGAGUCUCAGUAUUCCGUUUCCAACCCGCGCCCACCGCGAACGACGCUCCAGUUUCAAGAUGGAUCGUCGUGGUUCCAAGUUGAAACGCAAGCACAGGGGAGCUUUGCCAAGGUUUCCCAACAUGCCCGAGGCUCUGGUGCCGUACGAGAACAUUGGGCAUCGUAUUGAGCAACUGCAGGAGUACCUUCAGAACUUGCUGCAGAUCGAUUUGUACCGCGACCACCACGAGACCGUGAGCUUCUUAGAGGUGAGUCACCUGUCGUUUGUACAAGAACUUGGCAUGAAGGGUAAGGAGGGGCUCGUGCAGAAGAGAACUGGCAGCACGCAACCAGGCAGAGCAGGCUGCAACUUCUGUGGCCUUCUUGACCACUAUAUCUGCGUCAGGUGUAGCUACCUGUGUAGCGACGUGUGUGGCACUUGGCGACAUCGGUGGCUCUUCGUGAAGGACACUUACAUGGGAUAUAUCCAUCCAAAGGAUGGUCUUGUCAAGUGCGUCCUGUUGUUUGACUUGGGGUUUGAGGUGUCAUCCAGCGUCUAUGCCACAGGACUGAGCCAUGGACUGCAGAUCGCAACCCUCUCCAGGCAAAUUGUAAUCAAGUGCUGGACCAAACGGAAGAGAAAGGAGUGGAUCACGUAUCUCAAAGAGGUUGCCAGCAACCAGGCUCGGGGCUUCAUUCAGAAGAAUAGAUACAAUUCAUUUGCUCCUGAGCGGGUGUCAGUAGGUGCUAGCUGGUUUGUGGAUGGCAGUAGCUACAUGUCUGCCAUUGCAAAUGCACUAGAAGGUGCCAAAGAGGAGAUCUUCAUUGCGGACUGGUGGCUGAGCCCUGAAAUUUAUUUGAAGCGGCCAUGUGUGGAUGGUGACUACUGGCGUCUUGAUAAGAUUCUGGAGCGGAAGGCGGCAGCGGGUGUGAAGGUGUUUGUGCUGCUGUAUAAGGAGGUGGAGGUUGCGCUGGGCAUCAACAGCUAUUACAGCAAGCAGCGCCUUGUGGCCGCCCACCACAAUAACAUCAAGGUGCUGCGACACCCUGACCACGCCAAGGUGGGUGUCUUCCUGUGGGCACACCAUGAAAAAAUUAUGGUAGUUGACCAGACAUACGCAUUUCUGGGUGGCUUGGACCUAUGCUAUGGGCGAUGGGAUGACCAUGAACACAGACUUACAGACUUGGGCAGCAUAUCACAGACAAUGAACUUGUUCCUGCCAGUUCGCAGGAAGCACACAUCAAGUCAUCCUGUAUCCAACUCGAAUGUGCCGCACACACUGAUGCACCUUGCCACGGCUACCAACACGGUUGUGGGCGUCCUGAGUACUUCACAGAUGGCAUUAAAUAGCAAAGGACUCGAGCCAUCUGAAAAGCAGUAUGAUGAAGCAGUGACGCCCCCAGCCAAUGAGAAAACAGGCUCAUACCAUGUUAAGUGCGAUACGCCCCCCGCCGAGCGACGUAGCCUGAUGGAGAAAGUGCUUGAGAAGACAGAAACUGCCAAGCAGCGCAGCAAGCAGUGGAUGCACUGGCUCACCCCUGAUAUUGAGGAAGAUAAGGAGAAGGGCGAGGCGGACAACAACAACUCGGCUGAAGUGCUCUCAAGUGGUGGCGUAGUCCAGAAUGGAAAUGUGAGUGAUGGCGGCCUGCAUGAGAGUGAGUUUAGCGGCGCUUGCAGCCUGAAUGAACUGAGUGGCAUGGCAAAGUAUUGGGUUGGAAAGGACUACACCAACUUCAUAGUGAAGGACUUCACCAACUUGGACCUGCCUUACCAAGACCUGGUGGAUCGAAACACGACACCGAGAAUGCCGUGGCAUGACGUAGGGACCAUGGUUGUGGGGGCUGCGGCUCUUGAUGUGGCACGCCACUUCAUACAGCGCUGGAAUGCCAUAAAGCUGGAGAAGGCGAAGCUCAACUUGUCAUAUCCAUACCUGCUGCCCAAGUCUUAUGACAGCAUUGGCCCGUGCCCACCUAUCGCAAAUAUACCUGUGCAUCGCGUCAACUGUCAGGUCUUGCGCAGUGCUUCAAGCUGGAGCGUUGGAUUCCUGGAUACAGAGACGUACGAGGAAAGCAUCCACGAGGCAUACAUUGAUGCCAUCACAAAAGCAAAGCACUAUGUGUACAUAGAAAACCAGUUCUUCAUCAGCCUUGCAUCACACAAUUCCUCCGUACAUAACCACGUCUGCGAGACUCUGUACAACCGCAUCGUGCGAGCACACAAGGAGGGCGCAGUGUUCCGCGUGUAUGUGGUGAUGCCUCUGUUGCCAGGCUUUGAGGGGGAAGUGGGCAGCCCGUCCGGUACGGCGCUGCACGCGGUCACGCACUGGAACUAUGCUUCAAUUUGCAGAGGCAAGGAAGCAAUACUCACCAAGCUCAAGGCAGCCGGGGUGGAGGACCCCAGUGAAUACAUCUCGUUCCAUGGGUUACGCACACACUCAAUACUCAAUGGGGAGCUGGUAACGGAACUGAUUUAUGUACACUCCAAGCUGCUCAUCGCUGAUGACCAUCUGGUGAUCUGCGGCUCAGCAAACAUAAAUGAUCGCAGUAUGCUAGGCAAGCGAGACUCUGAAAUAGCUGUCAUUAUCAAGGAUACUGAGUUUGAGCCCAGUGUUAUGGGUGGAGCCCCGUACCAGUGCGGCAGGUUUGCCGGGUCACUGCGGAAACACUUGUUUCGGGAGCACUUGGGUCAGCUGCAGGGCCGCUUCCUACUGGAUGACAGCGCAGAUGUAAGUGACCCAGUGAGCAGGCAUUUCUACCGGGACGUAUGGCAACACACUGCUGCGCGCAACACGCAGAUAUAUGAGGAGGUGUUCCAGUGCAUCCCCUCGGAUAGUGUUACCAACUUUCAGUCCUUGAAGCGUUACCAGGAGGAAGCCCCGCUGUGUCAUACUGACCCACCCGCAGCUAACAAGAAGCUGGAGGACGUUUGGGGCCACUUGGUGGAUCUGCCACUGGAAUUUCUGAGCAACGAGGUUCUGACUCCUACUCCGACAUCUGUUCAGGGCAUCAUGCCAACAGCUCUAUGGACAUGAUAAAGGAGACCUUGCUGCAGAAAACUGGUCUGUGGGACCUUCCCCCACGUCAGUCUCGGUGAUUUGCCUGGCAUCUGCCUGAAAGCGAAGCGUGCUGUUUGAAUUUGUGGGUCCGACUGAACUUUGCGUAUGAUGAGGUUAUUGAGGAGAGAUUUGGCUGUCUUGCCAGACCAAUUCCACUACUGACGUUAGUAGUUGGUGAAGCAUUUAUGCAGUUGUGCAUUGUACAAAUAUUGUGUGCCAUGUGAAUGGCUUCUGUGGUUUUAAUGGAAUGUCUUUCUUAGUUGUAUCUUGCCAUGAAGUUCCUCAGGACACAUGACAGUUUUAAACUUUCUCAGGGUUCGCUUCCCUCGCGUACAUCUUCUAAAGUUUGUGCCUUCUUAUAUAAGUUUUGCACAUCUUUUCCUUGAGCAGAUCUGCGUGGUCUCCGACAUUUUGCAGUUCUUGAUUGUUAGUAGUUCAGUUCUAAGGAAAAAAUUUUAAUGUGUUGGUUUUGAAUCUUUUGAUAUUUAAUUUUAUGUAAGGUUAGUGCUUUUAAAGUUUGCUCAGCUGUGAUGGUUAUUUAUAACUGUGAACAUAUUAAUAAAUUGAAGUGCGUAUAUUUUCCAAAUGACUUCAUACGUUAUUGGCCUUCACAUUUGUUUCUUACAGAUACAAAUGUAUUAUUGGAAAGUUUAUGAACAGUAUAGAAAUAACUUUGAAUAGUCAUGAAUUCUGUACGUUGAAAUAGCUGAUAAGUGCCACUGAUAUGGCGACAGACGCGCAGUGACAGGUUUACAUAAUUUAAUUAGCCACAGAGCUCUUCCAGGCUCUAGUGCUCUAAGGAUGUCUCAUCAGGCAUCAUCAGAGAUUUUAAUAAUCGGGGGGAAACCCCAGACCAUAGAACGAAAAGACUGAGGCACUGGGUUCAGUAGCGAAAGUCUUCUGACUACAGGAUGUGGGUAAAGUCACUCAUGGAUUGAACAACACUUUUAAAAAACUGAAAAAGUUAAGUCACAAGUCAGUACAAAAAAUCAAAGACGGUAACUUUUACUCGGACUGACAAUUGAAGUGACUGUGAAUAGAUGGGAUGACCCAUGAAUGUAGGACACUUACUCCAGACAACCACAACUUUAAUCCAGUUUCUUGCUGCAAAACAACCCUUUCCAAUUUGGAGUGGCUUGCCGUAUGGCAAGUAUAUAGAUGCGACAACCAGACUCAAAUAUAAAUUCAAGUUUAACUCGGUUUCCCAUUCAGUUACGUGUAAACAUGAAACAGAGAGAGAGAGAGUACAAAUGUUACUGGAUUAUGGUGAAUCUUCUUUUGCUUCUAGUACGAUGCAAGACCAGUCAGUGCAUGUGGUUUUGUCUCUAGACGUAGGAUUGCACCACACCUUCAAAGCACAUCUCGGAAUGGUCCCUUGGGCGGUGACGUUCCAGUUGAAUAUUGUUGCCUUCCAAUUUCAUGGUCUGAUUCCACAUCCUUUGGAUUGAACGUCGCUCGGUUGAUAUUGUCUUCCCAGCCAACUAUUCUGGCUACCUUUUGUUAAUAAAUACUUUGGCAGACUCCUUGAACAUUACUGCGCUUCCCACUGCCAGGCAACGAGUACUCUCUUAACGUCUCAGUACUUCCUCCUCUGCUGCCAGAUGUGGUUCUUGUCCGUAUCGGUACUUCAGUCUUUUGUCUGCUGACCAACAAGUCACGUUCGUUGUCUCCCCCCGUGACCUCCGCUUCCUCGGCGUGGUUGUCACACAUGCGUAGUCUAUUUUGCGCGUGCCAAGCAAUCUCACAGAGUGCAUAACACCCAGUAGGUGACCAGUCGCUGUGGAGGGGUACAGCUCUUAGCUUGAUGUAAUCUCGCCGUGACCGAACGCGAGACCAUUGAAAAUUUACAGCAUAGCAACAAACUAUUUUAUUUGUAGUUCAUUAGAUACACAGUAAAAGCCCAAUGUGACAAAUGGGUAUCUGUAAUAAGAAAUGUUUUUUUUUUUGUUCACAGUUAAUAUAAUUAUAUUUUUUGUUGUAAGAAGCUUGCUCUUUCAGUAUUUUCUGUAUAAUGCGAGUGUUUUGGUGCUUUCUGCAGCCAUGAAAAUGUGUUGUGGUCUUUGUUUCUUAUUUUCACAAAAUAAGUCUGAGGUGUCAGUAAAAUGCUGCCGCGUUGUUUUUCUCUCCCCAUUCCUCGUGCUGUUGCAACGUGACUUGGUCACUGCUGCUGUUCUCGGUGGGCUGUGUCCCACUGGGAACGCACUACUGUCACUGCUGCUCUCUAUCAGAUGAGGGGUAUCCACGUAUUUGAUACUUGCCUUCAAUUGUCAAGGAGUAUUUAUGUAUAAUUCAAUUCCCGAUGAGACUGAACAGAGAUGAUUGAAUCGGAAUAUUUUACGCACUUGCACGGUGACUAGGGGGAUAAAGCAGCGAUUUGUGUACGGGAAAUUGCCCCACACCUCUUCUGCUGUGAUGAAGACAUUAAAGGUGAAGUGGAUGAUGUACCAAUCAAAAUCUUUUGUGCAAAUUGCAGUUGGUGAAGUGAGUGUGAAAUAUGUUCUUCACAUGCAACAAAUCCAUUCAAUAAAUGAUAUUUAUUUUUGA